UAAAUCGUAGAAAAAUCCCUGGAAAAAGUAUUGUCGACUUAAUUCAUGGACUAUAUAAUUAAAGUACAAUUUGUUCUAAAAAUACAUAUUGAAAAUUAGCAAUGUAAUACCAUAGAGAAAUCAAACAAAAUUAUCGCUAUUACCACAUUACCACAACAGUUGAGUGACUAUUUUUGUGGCGAUUAGUGUUUUUGUUUGCUCAAGAAGGCCCUCAGGCCUAAACAAUCAAGAUGACGUCGAUAUUCGACCAGUACGAGCAGGCGUCGCAGGUUUCUCAGCGAAGCAAGGCGUCGGAGCCCAUGACUUCUUCGGGGUACAUCAAUAUGCAAUUUGAUGACAAUACACCCAUGUUCUCGAAGCAGAAGAUGAAUUUUAAUCCUUCAGACCUAAUCACGCACGUAGCCGUGUCCAGUGACUACCUGGUGCUUGCCAUGGCCAAUGGAAAGCUAUUUAGGCUGGAUCUGAAGAAACCUGAUCAGCAUGAAGAAAUUGAAUACUCAAAGUUUCAUCCCAAUUCUAAGCUGUCAGGCAUAUUCCUUGACCCUCUUGGGUACCACUUGCUCCUAGCGUUCACUGCAAGGAACAAAGAAGGUUACCCGGAGCUGGUGUACUUGCAUCGAAAGAGCUCCAAGCUGAAACCUGUGAGCAAAUCCAAGAACUAUGAAGUCACUGAAGUGGGCUGGAACUAUGAGAAUACGUCGGAGAAUAGCACUGGCCCCAUCUUGCUGGGGACCUCCCAAGGCCAUAUCUUAGAAACAGAACUGGAGGCAGACAGUGACAGGAUGUUUACAGCCAACCAGCAAUAUUGGAGACAGCUGCCUAAUUAUUUGCCUCUUUACGGAAGCAGGGAAAUUGACGGACUGAUAUUUGAUAUAGGCCAUGGAACAGAGAUGCCCAUAACUGGUAUACAAUUUCACCGAGUAGGGAAUUCCAGCAAGUUCUUUGUUUUCAUCACUACUCCGACCAGGUUAUACCAGUUCAUUGGACAUGCGGUAGCUACAGAUGGCAAGUUAUCGCUCCAGUCUAUAUUCUACCCAUACUUAACUACCCCAGAAACCGGGUUCCAAGAAAUACCUUCUACGUUAAAAUAUUCGAGACUGCAAUUCUUUUUUGACAGAAACAAUGUCCCAAAAACGUUUGCUUGGUUGACUGAGCCUGGUGUCUUCUAUGGACAGUUAGACCCAACAUCACAACAAAAUUCAAAUACACUAUUCACCCAAGGAGAGCUAAUCAACUACCCUGCAGAAACACAACCAAAAGAUGAAGCUCCACUUUCGUUUGUACUCACGGAAUUUCACGUACUUCUCAUGUACUCUGACAAAGUUAAAGCCAUUUCUCUACUCAAUCAUGAAUUAGUUUAUGAAGAUACUUAUUCCGUUGCUCACGGACAAUUAAAAAACAUUAUAAAAGACCCCAAUAGAAGAACAAUCUGGGCGGUAACAGAUAAAGCUGUGUUCAGGUACAAAGUUGUCAGAGAAGAGAGGAAUGUCUGGAGAAUUUACACAGAUAGGGAACAGUUUGAGUUAGCUAAAGAGUACUGCCACCACAACCCGGCGUUCGUCGACGUCAUCAAUGUUAAACAUGCCGAGCUAUUGUUCUCCAAAGGCAAAUACGAGGAUAGCGCGAGAAUUUACGCCGAAACCAAAAGCAGUUUUGAAACUGUGUGCCUAAAGUUUUUGGAGAAAGAAGAGACAAAUGCACUCAAAGUGUAUUUGCAUCAGCGAUUGGAAGCCUUGGAAGAAGACGACAAGACCCUAAUAUCCAUGAUUGUCAUUUGGAUGACAGAGCUCUAUCUAGCCCAAUUGGGUCUUUUACGGCGUUCCGGGAAAGAAGAUGACGAGCAGUACCACCAGAUCCAAAGUGAUUUCGAAGUGUUUCUGCUCCAUCCUAAAGUAGCCAAAUGUAUGCAGCACAUCAAAUCUGUCGUAUACGAUUUGAUGUCGUCCCACGGUGAUAAACAGAAUUUGAUCAAGCUUACGCUUAUAAACGAAGACUACGAAAAUGUUAUAGCUCAGCAUAUUUACAGGAAAGGGUACUUGGAGGCAUUGAGUAUGUUGCAGACUUGGAGGAAGCCGGAGUUGUUUUACCAGUUUGCGCCAGUUUUGAUAGAAGAGACUCCGAAGCAUACGGUGAAUGCGUUGAUCGCGCAAGGGCCGAAAUUGAGCCCGGUGAAGUUGCUGCCAGCGUUUUUGUCUUGUCAAAACGACAAGGCGCACGUGGAUGAGAUAAUCAGAUACUUGGAGUUCAUGCAGCAGAACUUCAACGUGAAAGACCGCGCGAUCCACAACUACUUGCUGACGCUAUACGCGGAGCACGAUCAUACGGCGCUGAUGAGGUAUUUGGAGCGCCAGGGGCAGGAUGCUACCCUCGUGAACUAUGACGUCCAUUACGCAUUAAGGCUAUGUCGCGAGAAGAACCUCUCCGAAGCAUGCGUGAAGCUCUCAGCCCUGCUAGGGCUGUGGCAGGCCGCGGUAGAGUUGGCGCUGCAGGUGGACCUAACGCUUGCCAAGUCCGUCGCCAACAUGCCUGAGGAGACCGAGAUGCAGCGCCAGAUGUGGCUCAAUAUCGGUGACACAAUAUUCCAAAAAACAAAAGAACAUUUGGACGCGUUGGAUCUGGGAAAGACCAAGUCCGUCGCCAACAUGCCUGAGGAGACCGAGAUGCAGCGCCAGAUGUGGCUCAAUAUCGGUUACUCAGGCCCCGCCCGCCGCAACAAGCUGACGGACUUACAACGCCAACUGUCAGUGCUGUCAAACAUCGAGCUGUCAACGGUGACGUCAUCAGGGCUGCCGCUUCGCGAGGUCCUGCGCAACGAGAUCGACGACAUAGUGGCAAGCGAGUGCGUGUUCUGUGGAGAGUACAUGAUCAACUGCAUUGACAAACCGUUCAUAGCGGCCGCAGACUGGGACCGCCUGAUGCGCGAGUGGGAGUGAACUGACCACAGACAAUACGGUUUUUUUCCAAUUGACACACUUCUUUGAGCUGUCAAAACGCGGCUUUUUUCCAAUUUUGUAAGUCAAUCUAUGACAUCACUGAUUAAUUUCAGUUGUCUUACUAUUUACAGAUUGAUUUAUUGUGUCGAGUACCUACCUAAUUGAAGAGCGAUCAAUUAUUGUAACAGUUAAUCUGGUCCUUGCUAAAGUUUCAAAUGAUAUAGUAUUAUUGCUGUGAGAGACCAUGUUUAUGCGCGUGACUGUACUGAGUUUGCAAGUGGGAAAAAAUGAAAUGUUGACAGCAAUGAUUGCUGGAUAUAAGUGAAUAGUAAAUAUUUUAUCACUUUUGUAACUAAAAAU